AUGUUUUUCUUGAAGCAAGAGACCAAGACUAUCUCCUUGCAUCCGUCCUAUUUUGGACCUAAUAUGCGCGAUUAUCUGACCGCUCGACUCCACGAGGAAGAGGAAGGUCGUUGCACUGGUGAAUACUUUGUGAUUGCAGUGAUGGAUACCGUUGAGGUCGGCGAUGGUCGCGUUAUCCCGUCCGAUGGAAAUGCCGAGUACAAUAUUCAAUACCGCGCCAUCAUCUGGAAGCCUUUCCGAGGCGAGACUGUUGAUGCCAUCGUUACCUCCGUUAAGCCCACCGGUAUUUUCACACUAGCAGGCCCGCUGUCUGUCUUUAUUGCGCGAAAGAACAUCCCCUCCGAUAUCAAGUGGGAACCGAACACCGUGCCCCCGCAGUACACCGAUCACGCAGAGCAAGUGAUCGAAAAAGAAACCAGCUUGCGCCUGAAGAUCCUCGGUGUUAAGCCCGACGUCGGUGCAAUCAAUGCCAUUGGCACGAUCAAGGAAGAUUACCUUGGACCUUUGUGA